UCGCCUGCGACGGUCCCGAUGCGGCCUGCGGUGACGGCAUGCCUGCGCUGGUGAUGCGCCUGUCGGGGCAGCGCCGCCGGCCGGCCGGCACCGCAGAGGAGUCAGAGUCAGAGUCAUCGGCAGCCCGCGUGACGAUGACGUCUCAGCCGACCAACGAGUCGGAGCUGCAGCUGUACCGGGUGCUGCAGCACGCCAACCUGCUCAGCUACUAUGACGUGUUUAUCAGCCAAGGCGGUGAUGACGUGCAGCAGCUGUGCGAGGCCGGCGAGGAGGAGUUUCUCGAGAUCAUGGCGCUGGUCGGCAUGGCGUCCAAGCCGCUGCACGUGCGCCGCCUGCAGAAGGCGCUCCAGGAGUGGGUCAGCUCGCCAGGCAAGUUCCACGUGCCGCUGCUGCCGGUGCCGACCGCCGGGUUCCUGCCGGCCGGCCGCGCCCUGGCGCCGGCCGCGCUGCUGCCCGUCACCGUGACGGCGGCGCCCGUCACGGCCAGUCCCGUGCAGCCGCCGGUGCGGGCGCCGUCGGCGCCGGCGGCCCCGGCCGCGCGCAGCACGCCGCCGGCAGCGGCCAGCCCCACACCGAGCCUGGGCCGCGACCGGGACAGUCUGCCGUCACCGUCACACUCCCAGAGCAGCCGCGAGCCGUGGCCGAGCCGGUCCGGGCCCGGUGAGGAGAGCUCCGGCGGCGGCGGCGGCGAGCAGUACCCCACGUCGAGCUCGCCGCUGCAGCUGACACCGACGCUGCGCGCCUCGCAGAUCCGCCGGCUGGCCGACACCGCGCUGGCCAUCGCCAAAACGCUGCCCGACUUCGAGCCGCGCCAGCAGCACAGCAGCAAACGCAAGGCCUGCAAGGAGCUGGAGACGUCUCGCCUGCAGUACGUGGUCGGAAUGGACCCGGACGACCCGAAGCGGAUGGACAAGAUCCGCGAGUACGCCGCCAUCUACGGCCGGUUCGACUGCAAACGGAAGGCCGAGAAACCCCUCACCCUGCACGAGGUGUCUGUGAACGAGGCGGCGGCGCAGAUUUGUCUGCACGUCCCGGCGCUGCUCACCCGGCGUGACGAGCUGUUCCCGCUGGCCAGACAGGUGGUGCGCAACUCGGGCUACCAGUACUCUAAGGGCCACUCCAGGUCCCAGGGCGCCCAGUGCUACUCUCCGCGCGACCUGCGGCUCAUGGACGAGGGCAGCGGAGGGAAGAGGAUGCGACUCGACUCUGACUCGCCGCCGGACCCGAACGGCGAUCCCUCCUGGAGGGGGCGGCAGGAUCGUCUGGAGCAGAUAGCUGACGAGCUGCGCCAGCUCCAGGAGCGGGGAGACCAGCUGCGCCAGCUGCAAGAGCGCGGCGACGAGGGCGGGCCUGCCGAUGGAGAGCGGCCGGCCGGCGAGGGCGAGGGCGAGGGUGGCUCGCUGCAGCAGCAGAUCGCCGGCCUGGAGCGGCAGCAGCAGCAGCUGCGCUCCGAGCAGACCGAGCUCGUGCAGGAGAGUAAACAGUCCUUCAAGAACUGUCUUGAAAUCUAUGACGACGAUUCCCAGUACUCGUUGAGCAGUGCAGCCUCACCGCAGGGCCCGGCCGGCGACAGCUCCAGGGAGGGCGACCCGAUCCGAGCCGACGGCACCCGGGAGGCAGACGCGGCGCGGCUCGACACCUCUGACCGGCGGCUCACCAAAAAGGUGAUCGCCUCGGCCGCCGGUACCAUCAUCGCCGUGGCCAACCCGGCGCUCUCUAUGUCGCAGCUGUCGCAGCCGGGCCCGCUGGCGGCCAGGGUGAAGACGGAGCCCGGCCCGCGGGUCAAGGUCGAGCCGGCCGGGUCACCGCCAGCAGCCAACGGUCGGCGGCCGGCCGACUGAGCGCCGCCG